CGCCCCCGCAGACGGUGAGUGGCGUCUGAGCGCACGCAGCUUCCGGAGGCCCUUCCUGGGCGCCGCCGCGACCCGCGUAGUCGGAGGCGUUCGCGUUCCGCUCUCUCCCUGCACCCAGGACGUGGCUUCCCGCGUGCUUCAGGUUCUCAAAACGUAGGACAUUCUCCUGGCACGGAAAGCUCCAGACAGCUUGUAACCCCCUGCAGCCCGAGGACUUCAUGCGGAUGCCAUUGCGGACCCUGAAGGACGCGGAGGGGCAGAGAGGGAAGCAGUCUGACACUCCCCCCCAAGGGAUGUCAGGACCAAGGCCUGUUGUCCUGAGUGGACCUUCUGGGGCCGGAAAGAGCACCCUGCUCAAGAGACUUCUGCAGGAGCAUGGCAGCAUCUUCGGAUUCAGCGUGUCCCACACCACAAGGGACCCGAGGCCUGGAGAGGAGAAUGGCAAAGAUUACUACUUUGUGACCAGGGAGGUGAUGCAGCGGGACAUUGCUGCCGGGGACUUCAUCGAGCACGCUGAGUUCUCGGGAAACCUGUAUGGGACUAGCAAAGCGGCUGUACGAGUGGUGCAGGCCAUGAACCGGAUCUGCGUGCUGGACGUGGACCUCCAGGGUGUGCGGAACUUAAAGAAGACCGACCUGAGGCCCAUCUACAUCUUUGUGCAGCCACCCACGCUGGAAGUCCUGGCACCUCAGGAACAGAGGUUGCGGCAGCGGAACACGGAGACAGAGGAGAGCCUGGCCAAACGGUUGGCCGCUGCGCAGGCGGACAUGGAAAGCAGCAAGGAACCCGGUCUGUUUGACCUGAUCAUUGUCAACGACAACCUGGACAAGGCCUACUGGAGCCUGAAGGAGGCACUCUCGGAGGAAAUCAAGAAGGCCCAAGGGACUGGCUGCUCCUGAGGAUGCCAACGGCUGUGUCCUCCCUGGACAGUACCCUGCACCCACCCUGGUGGCCAGGGUGCCCCUUACAAGGUUGGCUCUGCCAGCCUCUUUCUGGGUGCCCCUGAUCAGUCCCACUCUCCUGUGGGAUCUGGGCCCACAUCUUAAUAAAGAGCUGCUGGUUAGAGUGUC